AAGAAGAAGUAGAAGUACAGAGCGGCUUACGGAAGUGUGUUUUUGUUGUCAAAAUGGGAAGACCACGUAAAUAUUUGUCCUGCGUUGAUAAGACAGUGGGCUCACAGGAAUAAGAUGGAGAGUAAAUAGCAGCAGGCUGUCUUUAAUACGCCACACCCUCAGGUUUGUUUGAUUGUUUUUCUUGGAGCUGGAGACAGAGCAGACAUGCUCCGGCGUGUUGCUUUACAAUUGGCUGCCAUUACCUUCUUUACCUUCCUCUGUUAUUAAACCACAGACCCAGUCCUCUGUCCACACUGCGGCCGGGUGUCUGUCGGCUUCUCUUCUCAGGCUUGUUCUCCGUUAUUAUGUGUCAUCUACAGCUGAGGACUUUGAUUUUUGUAGCCUGGGUUCUGGGAUACAUCGCCUUCCUGCUGUCCAUCAGGAGGAUGUGGACCGGGAAGUACGUCCGCAGUCCGCUGGUCCGCUCUCUGUUCGCCAACAUGGGGAGCGAGAGCGAAGCGGCUGCCGUCGACUCUCAGGAGUGGUACCGGUGCUAUCCUGACAUGCUUGGAGAAUCUGUUCAGCCGCUGUUCAUCCAGAGCCACCUGGACUCAGGCACUAAAGCUUUCCUGAAGAAGAGCGUGGAGAAGUCCGGCUGGAUGUUCACUCAGCUUUAUCACUCGUUUGUCUCCACCGUCCUCAGCCCUUUGGUCUCCCGAACCUCCAUCAACGGGUUUCUGGGUCGUGGCUCCAUGUUCGUGUUCUCUCAGGAGCAGUUCAGGCGGCUGCUCCAUAUCGGCCCCGAGUGGAGAGCUGAGAGACUGCUGGACCUCGGAGCCGGGGACGGAGGCGUCACUGAGGUGAUGGGAGCUCAUUUUAGAGAAGUCUAUGCGACUGAGGUCUCAGCUCCCAUGAAGUGGCAUCUUCAGAGGAGGAAUUACAAACUGCUGGGUAUAGACGAGUGGCAGCAGGCGGGUUUCCAGUAUGACGUGGUCAGCUGUCUGAACCUGCUGGACCGCUGUGACGAUCCUCUUCACCUCCUGGAGGACAUCAGGCGGACGCUUGUUCCCAACACGGGACGACUCAUCCUGGCUGCGGUGCUUCCCUUCCAGCCUUACGUGGAAGUCGGAGGAAGAUGGCAGCGUCCGAGAGAGCACCUCAAAGUAAAAGGAAAAACGUGGGAGGAGCAAGUCACCAACAUGUCCAAUGAGGUCUUCCGGAGGGCAGGGUUUGAGGUGGAGUCUGUGACGCGGUUGCCUUACCUCUGUGAAGGAGACAUGUACAACGAUUACUACGUUCUCGAUGAUGCUGUUUUUGUUCUCAAGGCCUCGGAGGAGACCACGGUGUCUGUUUACUGAACGCCUGUCGAGGACUUGAUUUUACACCUCAGUGGAUCUUCAGCUUCAUUCAUGAAACACAGUAUUUCUGACAUGUUUAGAAAUGUUGAGUCGGAUGUGAAGCUCAGGUACUGUAGCUCCUACAUUUACCAGCCAUCAUGUGUGACAGUGAUACCUCUACCUUUAAAGGUCACAUAUUCUGCAAAAUCCUCUUCACCAUGUUUCUCUAACAUUAAUAUGUGUCUGUCUGUCUUCAAACCCCCCAAAUGAUGAGAAAAGUCCAUCUUCUCCGUCUUUUCUCUGCUCCACUUUUCAGAAAAUGUGUGCUCAAACAGGCCGUUUGGAGAUUUUCCCUUCAUGACAUCACAAAGAGCAGUAACCCCUCCACCCAGGUGGGUGACCCUCCCACAGCUAGGUGUUUGUUCUGCCCUCUGAGUCUGCCUUCUCACCAUAAACAAUAGGACAUGGAGCGAGAAAGCCCAAGUACACCCAAACCCUUCCAGAGAGGGGGCGUGGUCAGACACAGCUCAUUUACAUUUAAAGGUACAGACACAGAAACAGCCUGUUCUGAGCAGGGCUGAAAUAGAGGGGUUUAUAGACAUGAUCAAAUACAGGAUCAGAGUGGAUUUAGAACAAGAAACUUCACACACAUGUUUUGGGGAGCGCUAAGACUUAUUUAAUCUGGAUGAAGAGGAGGAGAAUAUGUGACCUUUAAAGCAAAAAAAAAACAACUUAACGGCAAUUUGCCUUAAGUGAUAUUCCUGCAAACAUCAAAUCCUCUACGACAUAUCAAUAUGUGAUAGGUGUAUGUACUGUAACGUCUGCUAUGUGUGGGCAGUGUUUGCUGUUAGUGUUUUAUCAUUCUGUAAUGUGCAUUGGGAUAAUCUGAAUUUACUUUAAUUAAUUAUCAUCUUAUGCAAAGAGUCAGAGUAUGAAAACACUUGAUUUAUCCUUUCUGAAUGGUUUGCUGUUGAUUCUUGUAUUAUAAUGUGUGAGCCUUUAUGACUCCUUGUUGUUGAUUUUGAAGCUAAAUUUGACUUCAACAACAGGGUUCAUAGUUUUUCGCCACCACAGGAAGUGUUAGAGGCCUCAAAAUACAUCACUGACAUAUCGCACGUUUAGCUGCUAACAUUGGUGCUACAUUCUCCUGCUAGUCGCUCACUUUAUCCGUCUGCUCCUGUGUGAGCUGUGACGGGAAGGAGCCUUAUGCAAAUAUUGUACAUUUCUGGCUGAAGAUCAAAACAAUGGACUCAAAAGCUGUUUUCACAAAUGCACUCCAUAGCAACCUCAACAGCGUCACCGGAACUAGCUAACAUAACCAACGUUACAUAACUCAACCUCUAUUAGUUUAAAGAUGGAUUGAUGUUUCAUGGCCACAUUAGUAUUGGUAACUUUUGGAUUGAGUUACUCACAUUUGACAGUGUAUUCCUCGACCAGCUCGUCUGAAUUGGCGUGCAUCUCAGGAUACUUUGGGCCAUGCAGGAUGCACUGCAGGGAUCCUCGUUUGCCGGAGACAGAUGGACACAAUUGAAGGAGCCAUCAAAAUGGGGACAACCCUCGAUGAGCUGCUGUGACGUGAUUGGUCUCUGAAGGAUGCAGCUUCUAAGUUAGAACACAGCCUGUAAUGUUGUUUUAUUUACCUUGAUACCUGUGAUUGGAUGUAUUAACAACAGACGAGUGGAAAAGAAAAUACUGAUGAGCAGAAACGAGAAUGAAGCUACUUCAUCAUGUUCACAAAGAUCAAACCGGUCGCUAGAUACAAACAUAAUCCCUCUCGUCCGCUUGCCCGAGGUCAAGCUUUCCUAAUAUUUCCUGCUUGGUUCACAGGUCAGCUCGCCACGACUUCACACUAAAACUUUUUAGUGGGCUGAUAGGAAAGAUCCCAGGUACAUUUUCAGGACUUUUGUGCAUGUGUGAAAACAGCUGAAGGUCAAAGAACGUCACACAGCUGCAGCUCCCCUGGUCAAGUUAUCCUGUAGCAGCAGAAUCCUGUAAGUGUACUGAACUGAGUGAGAGUGGAUUUUAUCUCUUUUGAUUAACUGUUUGAAUGCAAGAAUCCUGUUUUCAUUCCUUUUUUUUAAGUUACAAUGUCUCUCUUCUCCAUAGUGUACCUUUGAUGUAACUGCACAAUACGCCAUUUAAAAAUGUGCCAUAGAUGCAACAACAUUUGUAUUGAAAGAGUGUAAUGGAAUAAAAUGUGCUCUUAAUUAAA